AUGGCUCUACAGCAACAACACGCUGAGAUGACCAACAUGGAGCUCGCGGACCCGCUAUACUCGGAGGAUCCGUACUCCAUGGGUCUCGACGUCGAGGAGAGUAUCGUCAGGGGCAUCGAGAACAUCGGCAUCGAGGAGAACGGCGCCGAGGACGAGGCGGACCUGGAGCCGCCACUGCCAGAGCACGCGUGCGCGUACUGCGGCGUCCACGACGCCUCGUGCGUCGCGCAGUGCGUCAAGACCGGCAAGUGGUUCUGCAACGGCCGAAUCAGCACCGCCGCUUCGUGCCUCGUGUACCACCUCGUGCGCAGCAAGCACAAGGAAGUGCGCCUGCACCGCGACUCCCCCCUGGGGCCCGUGAUCCUCGAGUGCUACGUCACGGGGUCGCGCAACGUCUUCAACCUCGGCUUCGUGCCGCUACGGAGCGAAAACACUGUCGUCGUGCUCUCGCGGACGUGCCCGCCGGGGUCGCCCGAGCUCCGGGACCUCGACCUGGACCUCCAAAGCUGGCAGCCGCUGAUCGAGGACCGGCAGUUCGUGCCGUGGCUCGUGAAGAUCCCGUCCCAGGAGGCGGUGAUGCGCGCGCGGCACCUGUCGACGGCGCAGCUGCGCGGGCUCGAGGCGGCCUGGAGCAAGAACCCGAGCGCGCGGCUGGAGGACAUCGAGCGCGGCGAGGUCGGCACCGGCGAAACGGAGCCCGAGCGGGUGCUCCUGCGGUAUGAGGACGCGUACCACUACCAGAACCUCUGGGCGCCGCUGGUGAAGCUCGAGGGCGACCACGACCGCGAGAUAGUGGAGUCGCAGCGCCGCGAGGGCGUGGAGGUCUCCUGGGAAGCCAUGGGCAAGAAGAUGAUCGCCUGCUUCCACUUCCCGGUCGACGACAGCGACAUGAAGCUCGGCGUCGGCGACGAGCUGCGCCUCAAGCACGGCGCCUAUCCCAACUGGGACGGGAUCGGGCGCGUCAUCAUGCUCGACCACUUCGGCAACGUCGAGCUCCUGAUCGCCAACGGCUCCGCCUGCCCCUCGGAGGCGUCCGUCAACUUCACCGUCGAGCGCGUGUGGAACGGCACCUCUUUCACCCGCAUGCUGAAAGCACUCUCAAAGUUCGCCGCGGACCAGUCGUCGGUGUCCGGGUACCUCUACAUGAAGCUCCUCGGCCACGACGUGCCCGACCCGGUGCUGCCCUUCCCCGUCCCGGACCGCGUCGAGGCGCCGGGGCUGCCGACGCUCAACCCAUCGCAGCAGACGGCCGUGCGCUCCGUGAUGACCGCGCCGCUCGCGCUCAUCCAGGGCCCGCCGGGCACCGGCAAGACGGUCACGUCCGCGACGCUCGUGUACUUCCUGUGCAAGCUCGCGGGCGAGCAGGUCCUCGUGACUGCGCCGUCGAACGUGGCGGUCGACCACCUCGCGGAGCGCAUCAGCCAGACGGGGCUCCGCGUCGUGCGCAUGUGCGCGCGGUCCCGCGAAGACGGCACCGCGGAGGUGAACCCGGCCGUGCGGCACCUCACGCUGCACGUGCAAGCCCGCAACAUGGACCUCCCGGAAUCGAAACAGCUGAAGAAGCUCAUCCAGACGCGCGAGGCGAACGGGUUCCUCUCCGAGAAGGACGCGAAGGCGCUCUUCAAGGCCCGCAGCCACAUGGAGCGCGUCGUCCUCAGCAGCGCGGAGGUCGUCUGCUGCACGUGCGCCGGCGCCGGCGACCCCCGUCUGGGCAAGAUGACCUUCCGACGGGUCAUCGUGGACGAGGCCACGCAGGCCAGCGAGCCCGAGAGCCUCCUGCCGGUCGUCAUGGGCGCGCGGCAGCUCGUCCUGGUCGGGGACCACUGCCAGCUGGGUCCGGUGUGCCUGAACAAGGCGGCGGCGAGGGCGGGUUUGAACGUCAGCCUGUACGAGCGGCUGCUCUUCAUGGGCGUGUACCCGCACCGCCUGACCGUGCAGUACCGCAUGCACCCCGCGUUGUCCGCGUUCUCGUCGGACGCGUUCUACGAGGGCGCGCUGCAGAACGGAGUGUCGGAGGGAGCGCGUACGCGGCUCGACGUGGACUUCCCGUGGCCCGGCCCGCGUCUCCCGGUCAUGUUCAUCGUCAACUUGUCGCCCGAGGAGAUGGCGGGGUCGGGGACGUCGUUCAUCAACCGGGCGGAGGCGUCGGUGGUGGAGCGCGCGGUGACGCGGCUGCUGGGCAGCGGCGUGCGGCCCGAGGAGAUCGGCGUGAUCACGCCGUACGAGGGGCAGCGCGCGCACGUCGAGCUCGUCAUGGAGCGCGCCGGGGGCGUCCGAAAGGACCUGUACGCCCGCGUCGAGGUGGCGUCGGUCGACGCGUUCCAGGGCCGCGAGAAGGACUACAUCAUCCUGUCGUGCGUGCGCUCGAACGAGCACCAGGGCAUCGGCUUCCUCCGCGAGCCCCGCCGCCUCAACGUCGCGCUCACGCGCGCCCGGUGCGGCCUCGUCGUCAUCGGCAACCCUAAGGUUCUGGCCAAGAACGUCAUGUGGAGCAGCUUCCUGACGCACCUGCGCGACCAGGGCUGCGUCGUGGACGGCCCGCUCGCGCAGGGCCCGCUCCGGGAGAGCAUGGUCCCGUUCCCGCGCCAGCGCGUGCCGUACAAGUACGUCCCCGACAACCACGGCGUGUUUGGGGACCUGGAGGAGGCGUUCGGGGGGCCGUUCGGCGGGUACGACGCCGGGCGGGCUGCCAAGGAGGCGGACGAGCCUCUGCACGCCGCGACGCCGUUCGACCCGUACGGAAUUCCUGCGGGCGGCAGCAUCGGGUGA